AUGGACGAAAAGCAAACGAACGACAAGAUAAAAGUUUUGAACGUCUUUCAAAAUGAAGAAAUAGCUGGAAACAGGAAAAAAAUGCACUACCCCAACAAGUUCGAAUUCGAGAAGGGAAUAAUCCGCAACGCAAUCGUGUCCACGAAUUCGAGCAAGUGCACCAAACUGGAGGAAAGGGACAGGGAGAAAAAAAAUUGCAUCAUAUUUCGAGAACAAUGCGAGUACUGCUUGACGAAUUUUUCGAUAAGCGGCCACCUAAUUUUAACGAAAGAAUCGUUGUUGUUCGAACCAGACCUGAGAGACAAAAAUGUGAUAACGUACGGGUUUGGCACGUAUCAAAUUUUUAUCGAUUUGUACGAUAUUUACGAAUGCGCCCAUAUUGUGGUGCCGACGAAGGACACCUACCUGUGUAACAAUGAAGACACGUGUGGUUUUAUCCAAGUGUUGUUAAAAAGUAUUUACAACCGAAUAUGCGAUGAUGCCUCGCAAAAGAAAAACAGUACGAGCAGUUGCUACAGUGGUGUGAAUAGCAACUCCAGCACGGAUGACUUGAACAAACAGAAAAGCGUUUCAUACUAUAAAUACAUCAGCAGGAGUUUAUCCUAUGUAUUCAAUUUAGCCCAACCACUGGUUCAAAAUACAUCGUCUUUUAAAGAGGAAAAAAAUGAUCACCUGUUGGGAGGAACCACUUAUUCUUCGGACAUUUCGAAGCAUAAUAACAUCGUGGAGCAUUUACAAGACAGUGAUUUAAAAAUUUACCAAAAAAUUAACGAGGCGGAUUAUAGCAGUGCAAUUCCUGCUCACCCGAAUAUAACUUAUAAAAAUAAUUUAAAUUUAGCCAACUCGGGGUAUUCUUUUAAGGAGAGUGAGGGGAACAAUGCUACUUUUUUGUCGGGAAGGCAAAAAAAAGACUCCUUCAGCGUAACUAAGGAGGCCUCUUCGAAGGAGGUAUCGUCCAAGGGAGGGCUCUCGACCGUGGGAAAGCCCGAAUCAGGGUUCCCGAACGUGGAAACAUCAAACAGUAACUUCACGCAGAUGAGUGGAUCAAAAGAGGGAAACUCCAUAAAGAGAGAAGAUACUGUCACCUUUGCUAGCGAGGCACAACGUUCAUGCUCAAAGACGUUGAAAAAUAUUUCCUUCGAGUUACAUCAUCAAACAUUGAGAAGUUCAUCCACAGGGGGGAACUACAGCAAUACGUGCGGAGGUAUUCUUUGCACAGAUGGGAACCAGGUGCAGUGGGGAAACAAGGGAUCAGGAGGAGGAGAACCUGGGCAGAACCUUGAAGGGCAGAAAAAGGCGCAGAAGAAAUAUGAAGAGAAAAGUUUCAUACUGUUUAGAUUCUUUAACAACAAUAAAGCAUACGAAACGACAACGAAAAUAAUCAAAGAAAUUGAUGAAGUGAGAAAAUCAGAAAACAAAAUAAAAAAAACAAUCACCUCGGUGCCAUUCACAUCAAACGAAUUGUUAAGGUGCAUCAUUGAACAAUCUUUGAUGGCCAAAGAAUCGAAGAAAAAAACACAAGGAACCAAUUCAACCAAUGAUAUUAAAGACUUAAAUUAUUUACCAUUAAUUCCAAAACUGGAGUACAUAAACGGUGCAGUAAAAUUGUUAAGCAAAGAAAUGACCAAGCAGAUUAAUUACUACCUUCCCCCUACCCUCAGCAUCAAAAUAUGGAAGCUCGUUUUCUGCUCAAGUAUACAUGGGGUGUCCUUCAAAACUUUGUACAGGAGUGUAUCCAACAAAGGUAGCGUCAUUUUGUUAAUAUGCGAUAUGGAGAAUGUAUUGUUCGGCUGCUUCCUGGAUAAGUUACACUGCGAUAAUUGUUACUACGGGUCUGGGGAAAAUUUUUUGUUUACUUUUAAAAAUGUGGACAAAGCCUUGCAGGGAGGGAAGGAGAAAAAAAUAAAAGAUGAAGACGAGAAUGUGGAUAAUAAUCGAAGCAGUUGUGCUUAUGACAAGAGUAUCGACAAUUUUUACCCAUUGGAAGAGAACGUUGAAAAGGUUAAGCGGAAGAACACUGCUUUAGACAUGAACGAGGGGAAUCUAGGAAAUAAUUCCAUGUCCAAUUCGCAGGAAAAGCUCGCCACUGAUUUUGAAGACAGCUUGAAGGACUCCAUUAAGGGGGAUGCCAGUCAGGAGGGCCCCUCGCGCACUUCCCCCGAUUACAUGAAUAGGCUCAAAACGGAUAUACACGAUUUGGAUUGCGGUGAGGAUGAAGAGGCGAGUAGCACUGUUGGUGGGGCGUGUAGUGGUGGCGCCUUCGGUGGUAACGAUAAGGGGGCGUCCCACGAUAAGGAUAACAUCACAUCUGAGGACUGUUACCAUGAUAACGAUGAAAACCGUGGCGCGUCGUCGGACGCCAUGCAGUACAGAACAAAAACGCUCAACGAGGAAAAGUACCACCAUUUAACCUCCCUCCCGGGGAAGAAGCAGCCCCCGAAGGGUGACAACCCCGGAGGUACCAAAACUGGGGAGACGAGCGAAAAAAAACAAAAAAAACAAAGUGGCAAUGAUAAUGCGUCCAUUCAGGUGUUCAACUGGACCACUCGAAACAAUUAUUUUGUCUACUCGGAUGAAAAGUCGAUAACGAUAGGCGGCGGGGAUAACUAUUCGCUGCUCAUUAGUGACGACUUGUGCAAAGGGCAGACCAACAGGAGCAGCACGUACGAUAACGACUUGCUGACCCACGACGAGGAAUUCGAAAUUCAGUUUUUGCAGCUGUGGGUGUUUGACGAUUCGUAG